ACACAGAUGCUGUUCACUGCCGCUGCUGGGUCAGGGUUACAUGCCGUCUAUUAAUAAUAACAGAGUCACAACAGCCACAGCGAGGAGAAGCUGGGGAAAUCCACAUCAACAGUUCUCCUUUUUGAGUCUGCGGGGACGAACGAGCGCCUAGAUAAUGUGACAUAAACACGCUUCAACUUUUGCUUUUUUUUCACCUUUUUAUUCGUCUUUUACGACCCUUUUUUUCAAACAGGUGCCAUUGUCUCACUCAGCUUUCCCACUACUGGUACACGCUCACCGGCUCGACUUGGGCACUUUACUGCGGUCAUCCAUCUGCACAGGCGGCUGCGGCUUGUUGGUAAACACGAAUCGGAUCCCGCCGGCAAGGACUCCCUCUGGUGCAUUGAUGCACCCGUUCCAGUGGUGUAACGGGUGCUUCUGUGGUCUUGGACUGGUUUACGCCAACAAGUCGUGCACCAUGCCGCCCAUCACCUUCCAGGACCUGCCUCUGAACAUCUACAUGGUCAUCUUCGGGACAGGCAUCUUUGUCUUCAUCCUGAGCCUCAUCUUCUGCUGUUACUUUAUCAGCAAACUACGACACCAAGCCCAGAGUGAGCGGUUUGGAUACAGAGAAGUAGUUUUAAAAGGAGAUCCAAAAAAGUUGAAUCUUCAUGGGCAGACAUGCGCCGUGUGUCUGGAGGACUUCAAAGUGAAAGACGAGCUGGGAGUGUUGCCAUGCCAACAUGCUUUCCACAGGAAGUGUCUGGUAAAGUGGCUGGAGGUUCGCUGCGUCUGCCCCAUGUGCAACAAACCCAUAGCUGGCCCCCCUGAGCAGCACCACAGCAUAGGGACUCUACUGGAUGAACUGGUGUAACCUCUCAACACCUGCCAGCCUGGGUGGAGCAGCUGGUAUAAGUUAGUGACCAACAGGGAGAGGGACACUGUUUUGCGGUUAAAACACGGCAAAACACCAACAUGAUGAUAGUAAGUUGGGGUAACCUAGUUACCACCCGAAGGAAGACUCUGAAGGAUGCUGUUGCCUAGCAACCAUCUCUGAGAUGGCAACACGACACCUUGUGGUGUCUGAGAGAUUAUCUCCAGCCACCCACACAUCACUCCACCACUCUUCUUUCAACAUCCCCCUCUCCACCCGAUCCUUCACAUCUUCUCUUGUUGCCUUGAGUGAGGUUAAUGGCACCACUGGUGUGGAGGAGACACAGUUGAAAUUUUCACAGCGAUGUGGGCGAAUGAGUCCGGAAGGAUGACAGCACUUGGCAGGAGGCGCUGAUCCCCUCUGAGCAUGUAUGAGUGAUGUGUGUCACUGUGGGCACUGAUAUGAAAUAAUAUCAAUAUUAGCUGUGGCUAUUGAUAUUCUUGUCUGAAUAAAUUACAGUCAAGAAGCUGUGAAAUUGAUAUUUUCUGCUCAGCAUCCCCGGCGGUAUAGCACGAGGACACGUUGACAGAAGUUACACUGCUAACAAUACAGCAAAAUCAUGAACAAGAGUUUAACAAAGUUAUUACUGUAGUGAAGACAUAGACAGUGUUUGUUAAAACUGCUUUUGAGGGAACUUUUUUAAAAGACUUGGCCUACGAUUAUAAAUUGAAGCCACACUGGGGAGGAAGUGCUGGAAAAGUUGGGUUCACACCUCAUCAACUUGUAGCAAAUUAAUCAGUAUUUUCAUCGUCUUUCUCACAACGCAACUGAUUUCUGCUGAUACUUUAAACUGAUACUGAGUGUAAAAUCCAUAUUGGUGCCCACCCACAGUAGUAUCAUGUAUGUUCUACAUACUGCACAUGCUCCAGUUGUUUUUUCCACCGGAGUGUUUUAUUGUUCUGACAUGUUUUUAUUGUGUUAAUGUAUUUGAAAGGAACUGACUCCUCCUGCCUCUCACUGUAACAGUUUGGUUCUUUGUUGGAAUUAGUUUUUGUUUUAGAUAUUGCACUUUAAAUGCACACACACACACACACACACACACACACACACACACACACAC